AGAAUCUCUCCAUCAACUGUCAAAAUAAUGUCAAAAUGCGAAAGCUCUCUUUCUAAAAGUCUGUGAAUCAGAAAAAGAUUAUAAUGGCAAAGCUAAAGGGCGAGAAAAAGGGCAAGUCUGCUAUAAAUGAAGUAGUGACCCGUGAAUACACAGUAAACCUACACAAAAGGUUGCAUGGAAUUGGUUUCAAAAAACGUGCCCCCAGAGCUAUCAAAGCCAUUCGUCAAUUCGCUGAAAAACAGAUGGGAACACCUGAUGUAAGAAUUGAUACAAGGCUAAACAAGCAGUUAUGGUCCAAAGGAAUCAGAAAUGUUCCUUUUCGUGUACGAGUGAGGCUCUCCAGGAGAAGGAAUGAUGAUGAAGACUCUGUGAAUAAACUUUACACUCUCAUCACCUAUGUUCCAGUAGCAACUUUCAAGGGCCUUCAAACUGAGAAUGUUGAUGCAAGUCAAGAGUAAAUAAAUGUUAAUUCCUUAG